ACACACACACACACAGCUGGUUAGCUAGCUAAGUUAGCCAGCAGGACUUGAUCGCUCUCUACAAGCUGUUGUUUUUUAUUGUUAUUAUUAUUUUUAAUUGUAAUGUGUGGACGCGGUUGUUGAAAAUCCGGAUUGUGCAUCUUUCCUCGGCUGACCGGGAGCCGCCAUGGAAUGUCGCGUUCUGUCCAUCCAGAGUCAUGUAGUUCGGGGAUACGUGGGCAACAAGAGCGCAUCUUUCCCCUUACAGGUUUUAGGCUUUGAGGUGGACUCCAUCAACUCUGUCCAGUUCUCCAACCACACAGGUUAUUCCCACUGGAAGGGCCAGGUGUUGACCGCAGACGAGCUUCAUGUUCUUUACGAGGGAAUCAAACUCAACAAUGUGCACCACUACGACUACGUUUUAACAGGGUACACCAGAGACACAUCUUUCCUGGAGAUGGUGGUGGAUAUCAUUCAGGAGCUGAAGCGAGCCAACCCCAACCUGGUCUACGUUUGUGACCCGGUCCUCGGUGAUCACGGUUCUAUGUACGUUCCUCAGAAUCUUUACCCGGUUUAUAAAAACAAAGUGGUCCCUGUUGCUGAUAUUAUCACACCAAACCAGUUCGAGGCUGAGUUAUUGACGGGGAAAAACAUCAGCACAGAGAAGGACGCUGUGGAGGUCAUGGACCUUCUCCAUGCUAUGGGUCCAGAUACUGUGGUCAUCACCUCCUCGGAUCUGCCCCCAAGAUUGGGAGAUCGCUUCCUUGUCUCGUUGGGUAGCCAGCGCAGCGUUCGUCCAGAUGGCAGCAGGAUGACACAGAGAGUCCGAAUAGAAGUUCCCAAAGUGGACGCCGUCUUUGUAGGAACUGGAGAUUUGUUUGCAGCCAUGUUGCUCGCAUGGACGCAUCUCUACCCUAAUGACCUAAAGACGGCCUGUGAGAAGACUUUUUCAGUGAUGCACCACGUUAUCAAGAGGACCAUAUCUUACGCGCACGAGUUGGCGGGUCCCGGUCGGAGGCCCAGCCCGCCUCAGCUGGAGCUGAGGAUGGUUCAAAGCAAAGCCGACAUAGAAGAUCCCGCCAUAGUCACGGAGGCCACGGUCAUAUCCUAACAUUAGCAGCCCCCCCCCA